GGGAGAUAACUCCCCCCCUUCCUACCCAGAGAAAAGGCCGCCCUGGCCCAGGGGAGCGGCAGCUGCAGCCAGCACCAUGAGUGGCCGGGUUGGGGACCUGAGCCCUCAGCAGCAGGAGGCGCUGGCCCAGUUCCGAAAAAAUGUCCAGGACGUGCUGCCCGACCUGCCCAACCCCGAUGACUAUUUCCUCCUUCGCUGGCUCCGAGCUCGAAGUUUUGACCUGCAGAAAUCCGAGGACAUGCUGCGGAAGCAUGUGGUAUUCCGGAAGCAAGAGGACCUGGACAACAUGUUGAACUGGAAGCCCCCGGAGGUCCUCCAGUUAUACGACACAGGCGGCUUCAGCGGUUACGACCGGGAGGGCUGCCCCGUGUGGAUUGACGUCACCGGCUCCUUGGAUCCCAAAGGCCUGAUUCUGUCCAGCGGCAAAGCGAGUAUGAUCAAGAAACGCACCCAGGCCUUGGUGUUCCUCCUCCGGGAGUGCGAGCUGCAGAGCGAGAGGCUGGGAAAGAAGAUCGAGACUUUCAUUAUAAUAUUUGACCUGGAGAAUCUAGGCCUGAGACACUUUUGGAAGCCAGCUACAGAAGUCUACCAGGAGUUUUUCUCCAUACUUGACAACAAUUUUCCCGAGACCGUCAAGAAUCUUAUUGCUGUGAAAACUCCUAAACUGUUCCCUGUAGCCUACAACUUGGUGAAACCCUUCAUUUCAGAGGAAACUCGAAAAAAGAUUGUUAUUCUGGGAGCAAACUGGAAGGAGGAGUUGCAGAAAUUCAUAGGCCCUGACCAGUUGCCUGCAGAGUAUGGGGGAACCCUAACUGACCCUGAUGGGAACCCCAAAUGUCUGACCAAGAUUCGAUAUGGAGGUAUGGUCCCUAAGAAAUACUACAUGCAGAACCAGAUGAAAAUGCAGUAUGAACAUACAGUGUCUAUCAACCGGGGCUCCUCCCACCAGGUGGAGAUUGAGAUCCUCUUUCCUGGCUGUGUCUUGAGGUGGCAGUUCCUGUUGGAUGGGCCGGACAUUGGCGUUGGGAUUUACCUGAAGACUAAGAUGGGGGAGCGACAGAAAGCAAAGGAGAUGGUCGAGGUGGUGCCCACCCAGAAGUACAACUCUCCACUGGUCCCUGAGGACGGGACCCUCACCUGCUCUGAACAGGGAGUCUACGUCCUGAGGUUUGACAAUACCUACAGCUUGAUCCACUCCAAGAAGGUCAGCUACACAGUGGAAGUCUUACUCCCUGACAAAACCAUUGAAGAGAAGAUCGAGAAGCUGUAGAGGAAGUCCAAGCUUGGCUACCAUUAUUGCUCUUCUGGCCUUGUCUCACUGACCCCACUUGGGACGCCUUUUGUCCUCUGGCCUGUUUUCUCUAUCAAGUACAUGUGCCAUAGAUCCACCUUUGACCAAGACACUGUGGGGAGGUUGGAGAUCUGCUGGAGAGUAAGAUGCUUCAACUCAAGUCUUCCUUUCUGAUUCUUCUUUCAUAACAUGACUAAUGUGGAGAUAUGUUUAAUAUGAUUGUACAUGUAUAACCUAAUGCCUGUUGACUUGGGGAGGGGAGAAAGGAAUGUAGGAGAAAAAUCUGGAGCACAAAAUCUUACAAAAGUGAAUUUUGAAAACUAUUUUUAUAUGCAAUUGAAAAAAUACUAUUAAGUGGGGGGGAAUUGAAAUUUUAAAGGAAGAGUAACUAACUAAUUUUUUAUUUACAACCCCCAACUUCUAAAGCUGUUGUUUGCCACCCCUCAUGGGGUCUUGUAACUGAAUGUGGAGAUUUCACAAUUAUGAUUUGAUAUUUGAUUUGCAUGCCUAUUUUCUAUAACCAAGGUCAAGUAAAAAAUUUUAGGCAAAAAGGGGUCUCGAGUGGAAAAAGUUUAAGAUGCCAUGAAAUUUUACACCACAAAAAUCAGCAAUUGCUACCGAUCAGGGCCUGAUUUAUAGUUUUAUUGAUUGUCUAGGCUUAAGAACAAUGUCAAUGAGAAUAAAUGCAAAAUAAAUUUUAUCAUAUUUA